GUACCGAAGUGCAAACGGUAAAGAUGCUCUGUCCAGGUUGGUACCAGCCCUGUUCUGGUUGGCAGGCGCGCGCACCAAACUCCAAAUCAUUAUCAAAUGUGUAAUGAUACGAGUAUCCUUUGACAGAAGGUAACGUUGCGAGCUAGUUACAUUAACGUUGAUGCACUGGUUCAUGUUACCCAACACAAAUCAUACGUUUGUCUGGAUACAGUAACGUUACACCCUGUUUCAAAAUGUGAUAUAAAGUUUACACUUUUUCUCCUUUAUGUUUCAGUAACCGAUUGCAACAUUAUUAAAUAAUGUACUAGUACUCUCUUAUUGGCAAUAGUAGCUACAUAAAUGCUCUUUUAUGUAUACAUGGCUCUUCACUUUCCCCUCAUACUACAUACUGUAAUCAAUGGUUAAUGUACGCUAAAACGCACUCACAACUUCCUCUUUUAUUUAUCCCUAUGGAGGAGCCGAAGCGGAGUGCAGUCAUGUGGCCUCUAUUUUGGACAGCGGCACGGACCUAUGCCCCUUAUGUCACCUUCCCUGUGGCCUUCGUGGUGGGAGGCGUAGGCUACCACCUGGAGUGGUUUAUCGGGAGGACCCCGAAAGGCAGAGAGGAGAAGAGCAUCCUGGAGCUGAGGGAGGAUAGAAAGCUGCAAGAACAAGAGGGCGUGGACAGCACCCAGGUGCUUAGCCUGAAAGAGAAACUGGAGUUCGCACCUAGAGCCGCUCUGAACAGGAACCGACCCGAGAAGAGCUAACCCGGGUCGGUGUGAGAGACAUGCAUUUACCCUCUCUCAGCAGCAGUGCAUUGGGGGCCAAGGAGGGCAAAAACACCCAUUCUUACCUCAGCCAUACAUCCUCACUCAUGCACCAGCUUGCCUGUGUAAAUGAAACACAGCUGUAUGUGAUUCUUUGACCUUCUCCUUGAUGUCACACAAGCCUGUUCAUGCAUUGAUCAAUACCUAAAGUAAGAUACUCUAAUUAAAACGCAUGAAAUAUUGAGCCUCUGGGUGUCCAGGCUUUGAACUGAUGACAGGGUUUGGUGGAAACUGUUCUUUGUCUGUUUUCUGUACAUCUAGUUGUGUAAUUAUCACACACAUGUUAUUGUGUCUCUGCUGUUUAAAUCACAUGCAAAUGAUGCUCGAGAUGUCAAAGAUGGAAAUCAUUUUCACAUUCCGAGCCUGUCGGGG